GUUAAAAACUCAACUGUGUUAUCCUAGAUAAGUACCAAACAAAGUUAAACGGUCGCAUCUUAAAAACGUGAAAUUAAAAGUUAAUUUUUUUUAUUAAAUAAUAAAAUAUAAACAAUUUCCAAGAGUUUUCGAAUUUUUUCGCAAAAGUUUAAAUAAUAUUAACUAUAAACCAAAUAAUUAAAUUUACUGUAACGAAAAGCACAACAUCAAAACCAAUCACUUUUUUCUUUUUGUGGUCACGACUAUCGACAGACAAGCAGACAAAGAAGAAACAAGGAGCCAUCCAAACAACAGCAGCUGAGACUCCUCUUUAAACGAAAUCCCAAAGAAAGGAAGAAAAAAAAUCAUUCUACUGAAAUAAACAUCAAUACUUGAAUACAACAGCAAACGAAAGCGAAAUUUUUAUUGCUGAGUUAGUACGAAAAUAAAAUCAACAGCAGCACAGCAACUGCAACUGAAAACAAUAAAUACAGCAACUAACAACAACAAACAAAUCGUUAAACCGGAAACGUAUAAAAAUGCAUUUCAAUAAACGUGGUAGCAGUGACAAUAACAUGAACCUUUUAACUUCAUCAUCACCAUCAUAUUUAGCUGCUUCUGCAUUGUCUUCUUCUUUAUCAUCGUCGCCAACCUCAUCUUCAUCAGCGACAAAAACUACAACAACACAUGGCGGUCUGAGUUUAGGUCUUUGGUGGCUCCUUCUGAUGACUGUUAUUUUAAUGGCCCAACAACAGCCUUGUGAAUGUCGUUAUUUACCGACAAGGUCACAUGGCGAUGAUUUGGAUAAAUUGCGUGAGUUAAUGUUGCAGAUCUUGGAAUCCAGUAAUGAAGAUGGUGGAGUCCAACAGCGACCACCAAAUGAGGCAAAUGGCAAUACUUUGGCUGCUGCAGCUCAACGUGCUAAUUGGUUGAAUAAAUUGGGCGGUAAUAUGGAUAAUAUGGAUGUUCCCAGGAAAUACAAUGCUCCUCGUGGCAUUUACGAUAAUGGUCGUUAUUAUUAAAUCCAACAGUAAAAUGGCAAAAAUUUAAUAAAUGAAAUGCAAACUGAAAACAAAUUUCUUAGAUGUUCAAAAAUAAAAUUUUUAUGAUUUUUUUUGUUUGUUAAAUAUUUUAAAAUGUAUUUAAUAUUUAAUUAAUAAUUAAAACAUAAUUUUUUUAUUUAAAGGCUGUUUACUGUAAAGUUCCUAUUAAAUGUCAUAUAUAAAAUUAAAUGAAUUUAUGAAAAUUAUGUCAAUGUAAAAAUUGUUCAUCAUUUAUAAAUUUAGUACCCCCGUCCUCUCUCUCUCACUCUCCUAUACUUUUUCAUAGAAAUGUUCAGUUAAAAAAAUGUUAAGCUUCUUUAUAUUUAUAUUGGGGAUUUUAAGAAAAAAACUUAAAUAUUACUAUUUGAAAAUAAUUUAUUCAAUGUUUAAUAAAUAUAUAUGUCAAAGAAAAAAGAAAAUGCUAAAAAUUAAUUAAACUUUGAAGAAAUAAUUGUAACCUGAAAACAAUAAUUUUUAUGUAGUAAAAAAUAAAAGUAUAAUAAAAAUAUAUACAAAAAUU